GGAAAUCUCACUGUCCUUUCUCCUCCUCCCACAACCCUCCUCCCGGAACAAAUCCUUCCUAAAAAUAACUAAAACUGCAGGCCAGGGCUAGUCCCACACUGCCUGCUAUCAGGGGCUACCAGAUCAGAGGAGAGCUGAGCCAAACUAGCCAGACAGCAGCCAUGCAGAGCACUCUUCAGGAGGAGCUGGAGGUAAGGAAUAUAGGCAUGCAUGCUAUACACACCCACAGCCCUAUGGGCGGCACUUUGCAUAGGCUGGGGAUGUCAAUGCAUAUACAGCAAUGCAUACACUGCUUAGAAUGGAGAUAAGUUGACUGAAGAUAGGAAUGGUUUAGAAACAUAGAGCGUCUUGUGUGUCUAUCUGUAUCUAUAUAUGGACAUAUUUGUUUUUCUGAACUUGAAAUUAUAUUUGUGUGUAUGAGCAGAUCCAUAUACCUAGAGCUCCCCUUCCCAUACCUGUAUAGCAAGCAGUGUAUAUUUUCUAUUUAGCAAAUUUAGGGAGUCAUUUCCUGAUGGCGUGCAAAUAUACACGUGUACUUAUAAAAUAAAUAAAUACAACAACCCUAGAUGUUCGUUAUUUACCUUUUUUAAAUUAAAAAAAAUUAAUAUAUAUAUAUAUAUAUAUAUAUAUAUAUAUAUAUAUAUAUAUAUAUAUAUAUAUAUAUUGUAUUUAAAGCUAAUGUUUAUUGACUAAUAAAAUAUGCAUUUGUUAGUAAGUUUCACAACUUCAUGUUUGUAUUCACAAUUGGAAUUAUUACGUUGGCUGAGUGUGCAAUAAAAAAAAAAGAAUCUCUGUAAAGUGCAGUUUUUGUGCACUUUUUUGUGCAAGUGAUAUUUAGAGCAUGUGCGUUUUUAAAUCGCUAUUUAUCCUCUGAGCAGUUGUUUUCUUUGUAUUUGGUAUUUUUAUGAUGAUUUUUACAUCAUCGUGGUUUCUUCACGAGUACCUAUAAAUAAAUGAUACUAUAUUUUGAAUUUAGCACUUGUAGUUAUUUAUUAAUCAACUAGGGAAUUGUUCCUGAUGUUCAACACAAAGCAAAUAUAUAUGAUUAUUUUUCUUUUUCAUUAUACUCGCUCACACUCUCUAUAUUUAAUGUAUUUUUUUUAUUAUACUAUUUUUAGCAGAUUUAUUUUAAUUAUCACUUAGCACAAUUAUACUCACUAUUUUUUGGUAGUUAACUGGCCACUUCAGGCACCAUCACAUUACUUAAUUAAAUUAAAAGAAAUGUUUCGCAUGCACUAUCCCAAAUCCCUAUGCUUAUUCAAAGAGUUAGUACAAGCUCCAUGACCUUUCAAUACAUUGAAGUGGUUAUGGUGCUCAGGGCCUGUUCAAACACUGCACUUACAGAGAUAUUUACUUUUUCUGCCCAAGGUGUAACUCCUCUGGCAAUGUCAUUAAAAAUUCUCUGCAUGAUACAGUGCAGGGAUUAAAUCAUUGGCUGAGAGCCAUCAUGUGAUGCCCUCAGCCAAUGACCUAGCUCUCAACUCAGGAGAGCAAUCUAGCUCUUCACAGUAAGUAGUAUGGUAAACCCUAUAUAACAUGCCAAAUGGUUCUAAAAGCAUUCUGGCACAUAGAUAAUAUUUGAAAUGUGUGCCAGAUAUGUCCCUGGCACACAGUUGCAUUCAUAAUUUAAAGGGACACUAUAGGCAUCAAAACAACUUUAGCUUAAUGAAGCAGUUUUGGUGUGUAGAUCAUGCCUCUUAAGUCUCACUGCUAAAUUCUCUACCAUUUAGGAGUUAAAUCACUUUUGUUUCUGUUUAUGCAGCAGCACUGGUCACACUCCCCCCCCCCUGGCUGUGACACAAAGCUGAAAAGAUUUGAGGGAUGUUUAGUAAUCCUGAGUCAGUGACAGAGUCGACAAAGGUUAUGGCGCUUGACUAAAGCUUCACCCUUUGUCAAUUUUUUUUAACCUGCUCGUUCUACAAAAGGAAAAGUAGGGACUGAGUUUUUUUAUCUAUAACAUGGGUCCUCAAACUCCAGCCCCCGGGAUGUUGCUGAACUACAACUCCGAUGAUUCUUUGAAUUACAUAGCUAGCCAGAGAAUCAUGGGAGUUAUAGUUCAGCAACAUCUGGGGGGCCGGAGUUUGAGGACCCAUGAUCUAUAACUUGGGGGAGAAACGUUUAAAAAAAAUAGAACAAAAGUAAAUCGGUGCAUACAAGGGUGGGUCUUAAAACAUGACCAACAGAUUAAAAGUGACAGAGACACUUUUAAACCAUUUUACUGGCAAAAAGUUUACUGCCUAGGAGAUGUGUUAGAAUUUUACAGCCCAGGUAAUGUCUUACAACUUUAGAGCCCAGUUGUUAUAGUUUUAAUGGAAAACAAUCACCGCGGAACACAUCUGAGACGAUAAAUUAGGCAAUUUGAGUACAUAAAUUUUUUUUUUUGCAUGUUAUAUAAAAAAAGAAUUUCUGCAAUCAUUGCCUUAAAAAAAAAAAAACCAAACAAAAAAGGGAUGUAAAAGAUAAAUUGACUCAAGAUAAAGAAGGGCAAAGUGCACAAUUUACAACAGUUGCCAUUGAAACAAAUCAACUAUUUCAUGCAUGAAAUAAUUAGCACAGUUAUAAUGGUGAGAUAGUGCUAAUAUUAAAUAUGCUUGGCUCGGCAAGGAAGUGGAAGUUAAUUUUAUUAUUAAAGAAACACUAUACGGUCAGGAACACAAACAUGUAUUUCUGACCCUAUAGUGUUAAAAACACUAUCUAGCCCCCCUAAAAAUAGUAAAAUCUUACCUUUAAUCCUGUUUGCUGGUGCUGGCUCUGGCCCGAUCUGCCUCCUUGGCUGACAUCAUCAGAUUCUCAGUUCCGGUAAUCUCAGCUAAGGAGGCGGGCUGGGCCACCCUGGCCAAUCAGAAUCUAUUCAUAGAGAUGUAUUGAAUAAAUGCAUCUCUAUGAGGAAAGUUCAAUGUCUCCAUGCAGACUGUGGAGACAUUGAAUGUCAGUGCUUCACACUGUGCAUCACUGCCUCAGGAAGCACCUGUAGUGGCCAUCUGAGGAGUGGCCACUGGACGUGUCACUAGGCUGAAAAGACAGUGUUUACUGCCAAAAGCCUGUAGGUACUGACUAUACUCACCAGAACAACUAUAUUAAGCUGUGACUAUAGUGUCCCUUUAACUGGUUGUUCAUUACUCUAGGGAAAGUGAUAGCUGCCUAUUGUGGGAGUUGGAACACAGUAGUAGAGAGCACUUUGUUCUGACAAAUUUAAAUGGCAUGGAUGAUUACAGCACAGUGUACGAAGGUAUUGAGUAUUCUAGGCAUAUAUGUUCAUUCUCUAAUGCCCACGGACAUUGCUGACUGUACCACCCAGCAUACUUAGCCAGGCUUCGCCUAACUGAGCCUGAUGGGAGUAUGACUUCACCGCAUCUUGAAUGCAGAUAUCACUUAAAAUAAUGCAUAUAGUCCCAUUUUUGAAUGUCAAAGUAGUGACACAGCACUUUUAACAGUGCAAUGUAUCACAGUGUCACUCAAAUGGUGCUUGACAUUUGGAAAAUACAAUUCUUGCAGUAAUGGUUUUAAUUAAAGUGGAUUUGUCACCAAAAAAAUAAACUACAUCAGAUCUGCAUCAGAUCUGCUCCCUGUGUCUAAAACAUUUUUUGUUCCCGAGUGUUCAGUUUUCAUAAAAUACAAAAAACAAAAGUUGGGACUACUUUUUCCUUAUGCACAGUGGUCAAGUUGACAAAAUUUGACAAUGUAUGGAACUUAACCAAAUGUUCUAAAAUCAGUAAAAUCAAUUCUACAGAAGAGCAAACAGCAGACAUAAAGGGCAGAGGUAAACAAUAUGGCUGCACCCAGAUAUUGCGAUCUGACUGAAGGGAGAAAAGAUAAGUACUGUAUACAUUAAGACAAGUGCCAAUGGAGGCAGUGUAAUCAUUAAGGUAAAGGGGGCGUAACGAAAAGGAAACUGAAGAAAAGAAAAAUAACAGUACCACGUCAAUGCAAUCCCGGCAAAAUACCUUCCAUUAGGUACAGGAAAAUGUUUACAAAGUAACAAUUUAUCAUUGAGGAAUCUACCAUGAAAUAAAAUAUCUGUUUAAGAAUAAACCUGCCCAUAGAUAAUAAUAUCUUAAAUGCAAACUUUAAAAAAAAAAAAUAUUUUGAAACAGCUGCAUUGAGAAUAGCACCAUAACCACUACAUUUCAGUGUAGAAGGUAUGGUGCCAUUUGACUACGAAACUCCCCCCGUUUCUUGGUCAAUCCAAUUUUUUUUUUUCUUAAAAUUCAAAGUGAAUUUUAAAUUCAAGGGUAAAGUAGCUGACGCAGAGACAUAGCGGUCUUAGAUGAUUUUUCCAUUUUGACUAUUUUGACCCUAAUUUUUAAAUUCACGCCUAAUUCUUACUUUAGUGAAUAACUCUGUAAGUAUUGUUAUUUUGGUUCAAUUUAUUGCUCUAAAAAAAAUAGGUACAUUUUCUGCAGAGCACAGUAUCAGUGCCUAGAAAAAAAUUACACUAAGCUGCUAAAAUGGUUUACUGGCAAGAUAAAAAAAUGUCACUUGCAAUAAAAAGUACCAAUGUUACGAUAAACCAAUUCAUUUGAGAUGACUAACCUUGGCAACCCAGAUGUUUGUGAACUAAUCUCUCUUGAUUUUCACCCAGUCAACCUUUAAAGUGAUCCUUUAGUGCCAGGAAAACAAAGCCAUUUUACUGGCGCUAUAGGUUUCAAAGGGGGCUCAAGGUUUUAAAACCCAUUCAGCCACUUACCUGAAUCCAGCGCCGAUGUCUCUUUAAAUAAGACCUUAUAUUAAUUUUCCCCCGAAAAACGCACUAGGGCUUAUUUUCGGGAGAGGUAUUACUACGGGGAAAAACCUGUACUAGAAAAAAGGUCCACCAAAUCUUCGCCCAAACAUAGACUGUAACGGAUCACCUGGCACCCCGAUUGGGUACCUCCAUUGAAGGAUGCUCCUAGUGCUUCCUGAGGGCUCCAAGCACUCCAGCAGACACCAUAACCACCGUAGACUCCUUCAGAGAGCAAGACAGGAACAAGCUCUUACAAGAGCUUAGGAGUGAUUAUAGCAAGGGAAUAUGCACAGCAUAGCAAUCCCUUGUAGCAGAUUCCCCCAAUCAGAGACAGGACUCCAAAUUCAGUUAUGUCAGAUAACAUCAUGUGUUAGCAGGCAAUGGCCAGGUCAGUCAGAGUGACUUGUGUUUGGAUAAUGGCUGAAAAAAUAAAUAAAAAUAAAACAGUUGCAGUUUGCCUUUGAAGUGUUACUCUAACCACGAUGACCACUUUAGUGAUUUGAAGUCAUGGUGGUAGUAGUCAAUAUGUGCAGUGUUUCUGUUUGAAACAUUGCACAUACAGAAAUAAAUCUAAUUGUGUGCUGUGGCAGAGUUCUGGGCUGCUAAUGUCACGUGUCCUGGGGGUGCAACUAGCACCCAGCACACAAUUAAAUUUACUUAUUUACCCAUUUUAUUUACCUUUUUUUUUUUUUGCAGCAAUAAAUGGACCCAAAAUAAAUAAAGUACUUACCAUGUUGCCAGGCCUACAGACAUACAGGGUUAGUCACUAAUGUCAAUUCUUCAAGGAGAAGAUAGUUUUCCAGCCCCUCACUCUUUACCUGCCGGCACUUGCUGCUCUACUUUUAUUUCUUUUUUUUAUUAUUUCUUAAAUUUCCCUCCCCUCCUUCCUCACCCCUUCGCUCUAUGAGACGCCUGUGAUGCCUGUGAUUGGACUGUGUGAGGCCUAUAUCACGUCAGAGGGAGGUGUUGUAGUCAGACUUGGGAGCUUCACACAGCAUUGGAUUCCAGGUAAGUAAAAUGCUUAUUUUUGCGGAGUUUACUGACAACAGAAGGGCGAGGACCUAUAUCACAAUGCCCAAUAGGUAAUAUUACACUGAAAAGGUCCCCCCCCUCAAAAGAUUGGAGCAAUUUUUUAAUGCUUUUAUAAAGACAGUUAUUGUGAUGGCCACUUUGCCGAUAAAAUAAAGCAUUAUAGUUUUUUUAUUACUACAUAUUGUUCCCAUGUAACUCCUAUAACAUCAUAUAAGCUCUCCCUAUAACUCCUCCUAUUACUCAAUUUAACCUCUCUCUAUAACUCCUCCUAUUACUCUGUAUAACCUCUCCCUAUAACUCCUCCUAUAACUCCAUAUAACCUCUCCCUAUAACUCCUUCUAUUACUCCAUAUAACCUCUCCCUAUAACUCUUCCUAUUACUCCAUAUAACCUCUCUCUAUAACUCCUCCUAUUACUCCAUAUAACCUCUCCCUAUAACUCCUCCUAUUACUCUGUAUAACCUCUCCCUAUAACUCCUCCUAUUACUCCAUAUAACCUCUCCCUAUAACUCCUUCUAUUACUCCAUAUAACCUCUCCCUAUGACUCCUCCUAUUACUCCAUAUAACCUCCCUAUAACUCCUCCUAUUACUCCAUAUAACCUCUCCCUAUAUCUCCUCCUAUUACUCCAUAUAACCUCUCUCUAUAACUCCUCCUAUUACUCCAUAUAACCUCUCCCUAUAACUCCUCCUAUAACUCCAUAUAACCUCUCCAUAUAACUCCUCCUAUCACUCCAUAUAACCUCUCUCUAUAACUCCUCCUAUUACUCCAUAUAACCUCUCCCUAUAACUCCUCCUAUUACUCCGUAUCACCUUUCCCCCUAUACUGUAUCAUAUAAUAGGAUCAAUAUAAACUUAACUUCAUGCAAAUCUUCUCUCAUUAUUGCCCGUAAUACUUGUCUGUAAUAUGUGUCAAUUUUAUGUUUUAUUUGCUUUACAUAUAUCAUCUCUCAUGGUAGUUUAUUUUUCUUGUCUAGCUGGAGAAAAGUGUUCGCCGCUUGCGAGAGAAAUUUUAUGGCAAAAUUUCAGUGGAGAAGGCAGUUUUGCUAAUGAGAAAUUUUGUUAACAACCACGACCAAGUGUGUCGAUACAUCGUUAUGUGCAAGGAUGAACUUGAUGGUAAGAGCUUUGCUUUGUCCCUUCUAGUCCCUUCUAGUCUCUGAUAUACACAAUGGAUUCUCAUCCUCCUACAUCAUUAAAAACACCUCUCCCCCUUUUAUCCAUAAAAUAUAAUUCUGUCCUAUAAAGCCCAAAACAAACACUUCAUCUUCUCGAUCCCUAUUUCAUAUACUAGUGCAUUUUCUAGGUUCAUAAAUACAACUGCUUCUUCAUGGCAUGCCUCUAUAAUAGUUUGGUACAUGGUCCUUAAAGGUUUAGGGGCUGUCACCAGGUCGGUGGGCAUUAUACAGGAUUCAAGGGACCACCAGGUAGACAUGGACUGUUAGUUCCUGAAUAUACUUCUCCACUUUGCAAGGGAACUUUGGUCAACUGAGUGGAUAUGUCCAGCUGGAUACGGGAAGUUCCUGCAAGAUAGUUCUUCAUAGGCUGAGAGUUUUCCUCUUGUAACAAGGCUGCUAAGAUAUUUGCAGUAAAGCUGAAAUGACCGGAAAACAAAAUGAACAUGAACAACAAUUCGUCUAUGUCCAUUCGGUAUUUCUCCAAUUACAAGAAGGGAGCUACCGCCACUUCCUCCCCACAAUGGGUUAAUUACUAAGACGCUUAGUUCAGUGCGUAAUAAAAUCCUGUGGAAUGGUUGACAGUCGUUGUCCUCACAGCCCCCCAGUUGGGGUCUCUAAUUAUAAAAACAGGGGGACAAGCCAAAGACCAGAGUGCUCUGCCUGAAAUUGCAUAGAAUGAGAAAAGCAUUGCAACUUUUCCUUCCUAUGCAGUUUUAAUCAGGAAAGAAACUGCAGCGGAAAAAUGUGCAGGGACAGGUUAUAGACACAAGAACAACUACAUUAAGCUGUAUACUAUACAAUAAGCUUUAGUGGUUCUGAUAACUAUAGCGUCCCUUUAAGAAUUGCAUAUUUUACAUUGAAAAGCCUGGCUCCUAACUUUAUUUGCUGGCUCCUAGAUUCCAAACAAAUUUGUCAAGCCCUGACAUAUCCUCUCAUGCUAUACACAAUUUUAAAGCUGGUGACCGCAUGCCCAUACUGUCCAAAAAGCAACGUUAUCGAUUAAUCCGUGCCAGAGUUUUACCAGGCUGCGGCUAUUCUCAAAUCCAGACCUAGUCUAGCUUUUAGCGGGUCUGUGAAUGGGAGCUCUCUUAAGUCCAACGUGUCGUUUUAUGUACUUCUGCCUCCCUGAUGCCCCUUCCAAAAAGAAAUCUGUUUGGUGGUCUUGGGGCCGACGACUACCUUGAUGACGUUUGAUCAGACUGUGGCACACCCACGAUCUGAUCUAUAGUUCCACGUGAUAUUUGAGUAGCUGCCAGUCAGGCACUCUCUGUUGUGAAAGUCCCUGGGGCAAUGAUUUGGGCUACCCCGGCUAAUGGUGGUAAGAGUACAGCCUGGAAGGGUAAUAUAGUCUUUCAGGAAGAAGGUGGCUGGAAGUCUUACACCAGUCACGAUGCAAGCGACGUAGGUUAAAUAACGGGACAUGCCCAAUAAAGUCAUGGCUUUCCAGACAAAAUCCUUUAUAUUGUAUUAUGACAAUAUAAUCUUUUAUGACAUUGAGCAGCCACUGGCUUCUCCCUGUUUAGUGGACGUGCCCGGAGUCGACAGGCUAAGGCAUGAGGGAGUUUGUAAGCCACCCUUGUAAUUAUACCCAUAGGGUUUUAUUUUUCUGGUUUAAUCCUCUGGGAAUUGGGGAAAAAGUGGUGUGGAACUCCUAUCGAUUCCAUAUCGUAAAAACAAAUAAGUCCAGCUCAGCUCCUUCUACCCCAAACACAUAUUGCGUCCCCUAAAAAGCACUGCUACUCUAAAACAUUACUACCAUUUCUACCUUCAUGCAGAGACAAUGUUGUACCUUUUGCUCCACUCUCUGACAUACUCUGUUGUUCUCUGUACUCUAUCGACAUGUAUCCAGCUGCCCUGCUGAGUAAUACUGUAUGUAUUUUUUAUCUAGCUAUUGGUCCUGACGAGAUUAACAGUUUAAGAAAUGACAUUGCUGCAAUGGUAAGAUAUAUACAACAUUGUUUAUUAGUUUGUAGAAGGGGCAAAAGUAUUUAUUUCAUUUGGCAAUUAAUCGAUUUGGCUGACUUAGAACCUCUUUAGUUUUUUUAAUUGAGUGAUCAGUCCAACAACGAAUCGGAAGGGGUUCCAUUAUGGACGAGUCGUUAAACAAAUCAAUUUGUUUAAAGGACCACUAUAGUGCCAGGAAAACAUACUUGUUUUCCUGGCAAUAUAGUGCCCUGAGGGUGCCCCCACCCUCAGGGACCCCCUCCCGCCCGGCUCUGGAAAGGGGAAAGGGGGUAAAACUUACCUUUUUCCAGCGCUGGGCGGAGAGCUCUCCUCCUCCGAUCCUCCUUCUCUCCUCCCCGUCGGCUGAAUGUGCACACGCGGCAAGAGCUGCGCGCGCAUUCAGCCGGUCGCAUAGGAAAGCAUUUACAAUGCUUUCCUAUGGACGCUGGCGUGCUCUCACUGUGAAAAUCACAGUGAGAAGCACGCACACGCCUCUAGUGGCUGUCAAUGAGACAGCCACUAGAGGCUUUGGGGGAAGGCUUAACCCAUUAAUAAACAUAGCAGUUUCUCUGAAACUGCUAUGUUUAUUAAAAAAUGGGUUAACCCUAGCUGGACCUCGCACCCAGACCACUUCAUUAAGCUGAAGUGGUAUGGGUGCCUAGAGUGGUCCUUUAAGAGAGAGUGCAACAAGUGCACAUGUUCAAUGAGUAAUAUUAUAAAUACAUGUUUGUUAUAGGAUAAAAGGGGCAGUAUAAUGUGGAAAGGGCAUCAUUUUAGUGAUGGGUGGAAGGAGUAGCACAAGUUUUUCUUUUCAGAAAGGAAGCAGUGUUUACCAUGGGGUAAAGGGGGCAGCAGUGUUUAUCAUGGUGUAAAGGGGCAUUAGUGAUUAUCAUUGGGGUAAAGGACAGGGGCAAUUGUUUUGGUGUAGAAAUCUUUUAUGUAGUAGAAAAGUAUUUGUUACAGACUAGAGAUAGCAGAAAGGGUUAUAGUGUUAUCCCCAUUGUACAGUGCUACGGAAUCUGAUGGCGCUAUAUAAAUAAUAAUAAUAAUAAUGACGGAAAGGGCAGCAGUGUUAUUGUAUAGGGCAGAAGGAGCAGUGCUGUUUUUAGAGGACUAAAGCGUUUUAAGGGGUGAAGGCUAUUUAUUAAGAAAAGGCUUGUUAACUAAAGGGCCAGUAGGGCUUGUUAUCAGGUAAAGAGGCUGCAAUACUAGUUAUCGGCGAUAGGGGCAGCAAUAUUUGUAAUCAAUUAUAGGGGCAGCAAUACAUGUUAUCAGGUAAAGGGACAGCAAUGCUUGUUAAUGGUUAUAGGGGCAGCAAUACUUGUUAUCAGGUAAAGGGGCAGCAAUACUUGUUAUCGGCUAUAGGGGCAGCAAUACUUGUUAUCAGGUAAAGGGGCAGCAAUACUUGUUAUCGGCUAUAGGGGCAGCAAUACUUGUUAUCAGAUAAAGGGACAGUAAUACUUGUUAUCGGCUAUAAGGGCAGCAAUACUUGUUAUCAGGUAAAGGGGCAGCAAUACUUGUUAUCAGAUAAAGGGGCAGUAAUACUUGUUAUCGGCUAUAAGGUCAGCAAUACUUGUUAUCAGGUAAAGGGGCAGCAAUACUUGUUAUCAGAUGUGCGACAGUAAUACUUGUUAUCGGCCAUAAGGGCAGCAAAUACUUGUUAUCAGGUAAAGGGCAGCAAUACUUGUUAUCGUAUUAUAGGCAAUACUUGUUAUCGGCUAUAGGGGCAGCAAUACUUGUUAUCAGAUAAAGGGGCAGCAAUACUUGUUAUUGGUUAUAGGGGCAGCAAUACUUGUUAUCAGGUAAAGGGGCAGCAAUGCUUGUUAUUGGUUAUAGGGGCAGCAAUACUUGUUAUCAGAUAAAGGGGCAGUAAUACUUGUUAUCGGCUAUAAGGUCAGCAAUACUUGUUAUCAGGUAAAGGGGCAGCAAUACUUGUUAUUGGCUAUAGGGGCAGCAAUACAUGUUAUUGGUUAUAGAGGAAGCAAUACUUGUUAUCAGGUAAUGGGGCAAUAAUACUUGUUAUCGGCGAUAGGGGCAGCAAUACUUGUUAUCGGCUAUAGGGGCAGCAAUACUUGUUAUCAGGUAAAGGGGCAGCAAUGCUUGUUAUCAGAUAAAGGGGCAGUAAUACUUGUUAUCGGCUAUAAGGGCAGCAAUACUUGUUAUCAGGUAAAGGGGCAGCAAUGCUUGUUAUUGGUUAUAGGGGCAGCAAUACUUGUUAUCAGGUAAAGGGGCAGCAAUACUUGUUAUUGGUUAUAGGGGCAGCAAUACUUGUUAUCAGAUAAAGGGGCAUCAAUGCUUGUUAUUGGUUAUAGGGGCAGCAAUACUUGUUAUCAGGUAAAGGGGCAGCAAUGCUUGUUAUUGGUUAUAGGGGCAGCAAUACUUGUUAUUGGUUAUAGGGGCAGCAAUACUUGUUAUCAGGUAAACGGGCAGCAAUGCUUGUUAUUGGUUAUAGGGGCAGCAAUACUUGUUAUCAGGUAAAGGGGCAGCAAUACUUGUUAUUGGCUAUAGGGGCAGCAAUACAUGUUAUUGGUUAUAGAGGAAGCAAUACUUGUUAUCAGGUAAUGGGGCAAUAAUACUUGUUAUCGGCGAUAGGGGCAGCAAUACUUGUUAUCGGUUAAAGGAGCAGCAAUACUUGUUAUCGACUAUAGGGACCGAAAUACUUGUUAUCAGGUAAAGGGGCAGCAAUACUUGUUAUUGGCUAUAGGGGCAGCAAUACUUGUUAUCGACUAUAGGGGCAGCAAUACUUGUUAUCAGGUAAAGGGGCAUCAAUACUUGUUAUAGACAAUAGGGGCAGCAAUACUUGUUAUCAGUUAAAGGGGCAGCAAUACUUGUUGUCGGCUAUAGGGGCAUCAAUACUUGUUAUCGGGUAAAGGGGCAGCAAUACUUGUUAUCGGCUGUAGGGGCAGCAAUACUUGUUAUUGGUUAUAGGGGCAGCAAUACUUGUUAUCAGGUAAAGGGGCAGCAAUACUUGUUAUCGGCGAUAGGGGCAGCAAUACUUGUUAUCGGUUAAAGGGGCAGCAAUACUUGUUAUCGACUAUAGGGACAGAAAUACUUGUUAUCAGGUAAAGGGGCAGAAAUACUUGUUAUCGACUAUAGAGGCAGCAAUACUUGUUAUCAAGUAAAGGGGCAGCAAUACUUGUUAUCGGCUAUAGGGGCAGCAAUACUUGUUAUCAGGUAAAGGGGCAGCAAUGCUUGUUAUCAGAUAAAGGGGCAGUAAUACUUGUUAUCGGCUAUAAGGGCAGCAAUACUUGUUAUCAGGUAAAGGGGCAGCAAUACUUGUUAUCGGCUAUAGGGGCAGCAAUACUUGUUAUCAGGUAAAGGGGCAGCAAUACUUGUUAUCGGCUAUAGGGGCAGCAAUACUUGUUAUCAGGUAAAGGGACAGUAAUACUUGUUAUUGGUUAUAGGGGCAGCAAUACUUGUUAUCAGAUAAAGGGGCAUCAAUGCUUGUUAUUGGUUAUAGGGGCAGCAAUACUUGUUAUCAGGUAAAGGGGCAGCAAUGCUUGUUAUUGGUUAUAGGGGCAGCAAUACUUGUUAUUGGUUAUAGGGGCAGCAAUACUUGUUAUCAGGUAAACGGGCAGCAAUGCUUGUUAUUGGUUAUAGGGGCAGCAAUACUUGUUAUCAGGUAAAGGGGCAGCAAUACUUGUUAUUGGCUAUAGGGGCAGCAAUACAUGUUAUUGGUUAUAGAGGAAGCAAUACUUGUUAUCAGGUAAUGGGGCAAUAAUACUUGUUAUCGGCGAUAGGGGCAGCAAUACUUGUUAUCGGUUAAAGGAGCAGCAAUACUUGUUAUCGACUAUAGGGACCGAAAUACUUGUUAUCAGGUAAAGGGGCAGCAAUACUUGUUAUUGGCUAUAGGGGCAGCAAUACUUGUUAUCGACUAUAGGGGCAGCAAUACUUGUUAUCAGGUAAAGGGGCAUCAAUACUUGUUAUAGACAAUAGGGGCAGCAAUACUUGUUAUCAGUUAAAGGGGCAGCAAUACUUGUUGUCGGCUAUAGGGGCAUCAAUACUUGUUAUCGGGUAAAGGGGCAGCAAUACUUGUUAUCGGCUGUAGGGGCAGCAAUACUUGUUAUUGGUUAAAGGGGCAGCAAUACUUGUUAUCGACUAUAGGGACAGAAGUACUUGUUAUCAGGUAAAGGGGCAGCAAUACUUGUUAUCGACUAUAGGGACAGAAGUACUUGUUAUCAGGUAAAGGGGCAGAAAUACUUGUUAUCGACUAUAGAGGCAGCAAUACUUGUUAUCAAGUAAAGGGGCAGCAAUACUUGUUAUCGGCUAUAGGGGCAGCAAUACUUGUUAUUGGUUAUAGGGGCAGCAAUACUUGUUAUCAGGUAAUGGGGCAGCAAUACUUGUUAUCGGCGAUAGGGGCAGCAAUACUUGUUAUCGGUUAAAGGGGCAGCAAUACUUGUUAUCGACUAUAGGGGCAGUAAGACUUGUUAUCGACUAUAGCAGUGAUGGCAAACUUUUUUGAGCCCGAGUGCCCAAACCACAAUACAUGCCAACUUUUUUUUCCCUCAAAGUGUCAACAUGGCAAUUAAACCUGAAUACUGAGGUUUAAGUUUAGAAAAAAAACUACUCGUACAGUUGUCCGAACUAAUUAACAACUUUUGUUUUAAAAGAAGAACACAACAGAGAGUUCAAUGAUACAAAUUUUAAAUGAUGAUAUAAAUAGAUAAAAUUAAGCUUAUAUUUAUUAGUAUCUCCAACAAAUGCAAUACAUACACACAGAUGCUGAACACAUUCACACACCGACUGCUAAAUACACACACACCAUCCGCUAAAUACACACACACACCGUCUGCUAAAUACACACACACACCGGCUGCUAAAUACAUACACACACCAUCCGCUAAAUACACACGCAGUCCGCUAAAUACACACACAGACAGAUUGCUGAAUACACAUACAGACAGACUGCUGAGUACACACAGACUGCUAAAUACAUACAAUGCUGAAUACACACACACAGUCUGCUGAAUACAUACACUGCUGAGUACACACACACACACAGACUGCUGAGUACACACACUCACAGACUGCUGAGUACAUACACACACACAGACUGCUGAAUACACACACACUGAUGAGUACACAGAGACUGCUGAAUACAUACACACACACACACACACACACACAGACUGCUGAGUACACACACACAGACUGCUGAAUACAUACACUGCUGAAUACACACACACAGUCUGCUGAAUACAUACACUACUGAGUGUACACACACAGACUGCUGAAUACAUACACACACUGCUGAGUACACACAGACUGCUGAAUACAUACACAGACUGCUGAAUGCAUACACACACAGACUGCUGAAUACAUACACACACAAACUGCUGAAUACAUACACACAGACUGCUGAAUACACACACACACAGACUGCUGAUCCCACCCACACAGACUGCUCAACACACCCACAAAGACUGCUGAUUACACACAGACUGCUGAAUACACACACUGCUGAAUACAUACACACACACACACACACACACACACACAGACUGCUGAAUACAUACACACAGACAGACUGCUGAAUACAUACAGACAGACAGACUGCUGAAUACACAUACAGACAGACUGCUGAAUACACAUACAGACUGCUGAAUACACACACACAGACUGCUGAAUACAUACACUGCUGAGUACAUACACACAAUCUGCUGAAUACAUACACACACACAGACUGCUGAAUACACACACACACAGAGACUGCUGAAUAUACACACCCAGACUGCUGAAUACACACACACACAUACUGCUGAAUACACACACACAGAGACUGCUGAAUAUAUACACACACACACACACACAGACUGCUGAGUACACACAGUCUGCUGAAUACACACACACAGACACAGACUGCUGAAUAUACACAUACAUACUGCAUUGAGGGGUGCAGUGUAUGUGUUUGUAUGUAAGGGUGUGGAGUGCUGUGUGUGUGUCUGAGGGGUGCUGUUUGUGUGUGUGGGGGUACUGUGUGUGGGGGUGCUGUGUGUGUGUGGUGGGUAGGGGUGCUGUGUGUGUGCGGGGUAGGGGUGAUGUGCUCUGUGGGGUAGGGGUGAUGUGCUGUGUCGGGGUAGGGGUUAGGGGUGCUGUGCUGUGGGGGUAGGGGUGCUGUGUGUGGGGGUAGGGGUGCUGUGCUGUGGGGGUAGGGGUGCUGUGCGUGGGGGGUAGGGGUGCUGUGUGUGGGGGAGGGGUGCUGUGCUGUGUGGGGGUAGGGGAGCUGUGCUUUGGGGGUAGGGUGCUUUGGGGGUAGGGGUCCUGUGGGGAGGGGUGCUGUGGGGGUAGGGGUGCUGUGUAGGGGUGCAGUGCUGUGUGGGGUAGUGGUGCUGUGCUGUGUGGGGUAGGGGUAAAGAUACAUUUAAAAAAAAAAAGUUAUAUUAAUUCUGUAUCCCCCCUCCCUUCCUCUUACCUUUGGGGAAGGAGAGGGGACACAGCCAUCCCUGGUGGUCAGGUGGUGGUAGGUAUUGUAGGAAGCAGCUCUCCUAUCCUCCCGCGCGAUGUGGGCACGCGCCCAUGGUAACGUGCGGCAACGCUCCACACAGCUUGCUUGCAGGAGUACAGGAGAGGUGCUUCCUAGAGCCCUCCCCCUGCCUCCCGACCCGGAAGCAGAGUAGGCACCUGACGUUUCGGGCAGGCAGGUGCCUACGCUGCAGACAGCCAGCGACCCCCUCUCCCAGCGACCUAAGGCCGCGUGCCCACAGAGAGGGCCUGGCGUGCCACCUGUGGCACGCAUGCCAUAGGUUCGCCAUCACUGGACUAUAGGGACAGAAAUACUUGUUAUCAGGUAAAGGGGCAUCAAUACUUGUUAUCGACAAUAGGGGCAGCAAUACUUGUUAUCAGGUAAAGGGGCAGCAAUACUUGUUAUCGGCUAUAGGGGCAGCAAUACUUGUUAUUGGCUAUAGGGGCAGCAAUACUUGUUAUCAGGUAAAGGGGCAGCAAUACUUGUUAUUGGUUAUAGGGGCAGCAAUACUUGUUAUCAGGUAAAGGGGCAGCAAUGCUUGUUAUCGGUUAAAGGGGCAGCAAUACUUGUUAUCGACUAUAGGGGCAGUAAUACUUGUUAUCGACUAUAGGGGCAGCAAUACUUGUUAUCAGGUAAAGGGGCAACAAUACUUGUUAAUGGUUAUAGGGGCAGCAAUACUUGUUAUCAACUAUAGGGGCAGCAAUACUUGUUAUCAGCUGUAGGGGCAGCAAUACUUGUUAUCAGAUAAAGGGGCAGCAAUACUUGUUAUCGGCUAUAGCGGCAGCAAUACUUGUUAUCAGGUAAAGGGGCAGCAAUACUUGUUAUUGGUUAUAGCGGCAGUAAUACUUGUUAUCAGGUAAAGUGGCAGCAAUACUUGUUUUCGCGAUAGGGGCAGCAAUAUUUGUUAUUGGUUAAAGGGGCAGCAAUAUUUGUUAUUGGUUAAAGGGGCAGCAAUAUUUGUAAUCAAUUAUAGGGGCAGCAAUACUUGUUAUCGGUUAAAGGGGCAGCAAUAAUUGUUAUUGGUUAUAGCGGCAGUAAUACUUGUUAUCAGGUAAAGGGGCAGCAAUACUUGUUAUCAGGUAAAGGGGCAGCAAUACUUGUUAUCGGUUAAAGGGGCAGCAAUACUUGUUAUCGGUUAAAGGGGCAGCAAUACUUGUUAAUGGUUAUAGGGGCAGCAAUACUUGUUAUCAGGUAAAGGAGCAGCAAUACUUGUUAUCGGCUAUAAGGACAGCAAUACUUGUUAUUGGUUAUAGGGGCAGCAAUACUUGUUAUCAGGUAAAGUGGCAGCAAUACUUGUUUUCGCGAUAGGGGCAGCAAUAUUUGUUAUUGGUUAAAGGGGCAGCAAUACUUGUUUUCGCGAUAGGGGCAGCAAUAUUUGUUAUUGGUUAAAGGGGCAGCAAUAUUUGUAAUCAAUUAUAGGGGCAGCAAUACUUGUUAUUGGUUAUAGGGGCAGCAAUACUUGUUAUCAGGUAAAGGGGCAGCAAUACUUGUUAUCGGCGAUAGGUACAGCAAUACUUGUUAUCGGUUAUAGGGGCAGCAAAGAUUUUUAUCUGGUACUAAGGAAGGCAUCCUUAUUAUAGGUUAGAAAAGGCAGCAGUGUUUUUUUUGAAAGUAUGGACACAGUAAAGUAUAUUAUGGGGUAGAAGGUGUAAAAAAAAUGUUGUAUGGGGUAGAAGGGACUGCCCAUUGAAAUGUGGCAGAAGGGGCCAUUAUUCACAAAUCUGUGUAAAGGGAUAUAAUGGAAGCAGAAAAUUGCGUGUUAUGGGUAGAGCUGACACCAGUAAUUGUUAUGGGAUAGAAGUGGGAGCAAUGUUUGUUAUGGGAUAGAGGUGGCAGCUCAAUGGCAACUAUUUUUAUAGGUUAGAAAGACAACAAUUAUAUGGAAUGCUGCAAAUGGCAGAAGGUUAUGACAUGGAGAAGGGGAAGCAUGUGUUAGAAAGUUAUUGCAGGGGGAGAGGGGGAGCCAGGGUCAGAAGGAUACGGCAUGGGGAAGAUGGGUAGCACAGGGCAGGAGCUUAUGGCAUGGGGAAGAUUGAUAGCAUAGGGCAAAAGGUUAUGACAUGGGGAGAAAGGUUAACAUAGGGCUGGACGCUAUGGCCUGGGGAAGAUGGAUUGCAUAGGUCAGCUAGGGCAGGAGGGUAUGGCAUGGGGAAGAUGGAUUGCGUAGGGCAGGAGGCUAUGGCAUGGGGAAGAUGGAUAGCAUAGGGCAGUAGGGUAUGGCAUGGGGAAGAAGGGAAGCAUAAGGCAGGAGGCUAUGGCAUGGGGGAAAUGGAUAGCAUAUUAUUAUUAUUAUGUUAUUUUUUAUAUAGCGCCAACAAAUUCCGCAACGCUUUACGAACAAACAUGUAGUUGUAACUAGACAAGUUGGACACACAGGAACAGAGGGAUUGAGGGCCCUGCUCAAUGAGCUUACAUGCUAGAGGGAGGGGGGUAAAGUGACACAAAUGACAGUUGCAAGAGAGGAAGAGAAGAAGACAGAGUACGGAUGAGAUGUGAGGGAUUUGGAUCUAGGGAGCAGGUGGUGGGGCAGGAGGACUGGAGCAGAGCAGAAACCUCUUCCGCUGUAGCGGGUGUGAAUGAACAUAGAACAGCAGAGGGAGUGAGGUUAGGGGAAGUAUUGUAAGGGGAAGAAGAACGAUAAGAGAUCUCUUUGCUGAUUGUAGAGAUCCAGUCAGUGAAGUGAAUUUCAAAGUCUGAGGCAGUCAAGUUAGUAGGUGGAGGAGGAAGAAUAGGGUGAAGAAGAGAGUUAAAUGUGUGAAAUAGUCUUUUGGGUUUGCGGGAAAGUGUGGUUAUGAGGGUAUUGAAGUAAUUUACUUUUGCAGAGGAAAGAACCAAGCUGUAUGAAUGCAGCAUAAAUGUAUUGUGGAGAAGGUCAGAUGCACAGUGAGACUUUCUCCAACAGCAUAAGGCAGGAGGCUAUGGCAUGGGGAAGAAGGAUAGCAUAGGGCAGUAGGCUAUGGCAUGGGGAAGAAGGGAAGCAUAGUACAGGAGGCUAUGGCAUGGGGCAGAUAGAUAGCAUAGUGCAGGAGACUAUGGCAUGGGGAAGAUGGGUAUCAUAGGGCAGCAGGUUAUGGCAUGGGGAAGAUUGAUAGCAUAGGACAGUAGACUAUGGCAUGGGGCAGAUGGAUAUCAUAGGGCAGCAGGCUGUGGCAUGGGGAAGAUGGGUAGUAUAGGGCAGGAGGUAAUGGCAUGGGAAAGAUUGGUAACAUAGAGCAGGAGGAUGAGGAAUGAGGCUGAUUGGUAGUAUAAGGUUGAAGGUUAUGGCAUGGGGAAGAAGGGGUAGCAUAGGGCAGAAGGUUAUGGCAUGGGAUAGAAAGGGUGAAAUAAGCAGUAAUAUCAUAAAUUAUAAGGCCAACAUUGUUUGUUAUGUGAUGGAAAAGUCAAUAGGAUUUGAUAUGGAGAAGAGAGUGCAUGGAUAAGAAAUGUUCCUUAUGGGAUAGAAAGUGUUAUUGUGUAGGGCAGUUCUGUGUUAGAGCUUAGAAUGGUCUGCAAUUGAUGGUUUGGAGUAUACCGUGCUGCCCUUUGUAUAGUGUACUAGGAGCAGCAGGGUAUAUUACUGGAUAGAAGGGUUAAUAAUACUUCUAAAAUUCUAAAAUUUUAUUUUUCUAGAAUGUCAUUAACAAUAUUAACAAUGACACCACACCACAGGUAAGUAGGUUUUUUGUAAGUUUUUUCUUGUUUUUCUCUGUGUUGUUAAUAUCCAUGAUUAAAGAAGCUUUUAUGUUUAUGAAAUUAUUAUCUAUCUCUAUAGAUACAGACAACGACAGACAAUGACAUCAAGGUAAAGUUCACCUUCUAUUGUGGCUGUGAGUUAUUGUGCUUUGCCAUUUAUUGAUGUUAAAGGGACACUAUAGUCACCAGAACAACUAUAGCUUAUUGUAUUUGUUCAGGUGAUUAUAAUCAUCCCUUUUUUGCUGUAAACACUGUCUUUUCAGAGAAAAUGCAGUGUUUACAUUACAGCCUAGUGAUAUCUCCACUGGCCACUCCUCAGAUGGCUGCUAUAUGUGCUUCCUGGGGCAGUGCUGCACAGUGAGCAGCACAUCCAUUCAAUGUCUCCACCCUCUGCAUGCAGACACUGAACUUUCCUCAUAGAGAUGCAUUGGCUAGGGCUGUGUUGGACUUGUGCUGGCUUUACCUUGUGAUUAGCCCAGACCAUCACUUCCGAUUUCAGCAGACAGCAGGCAGGUCGCUGCAGACUUGAAUACAAGUAAGAUUUUACUAUAUUUAGGGAGGCAAAUGAUGGGCAUGGGAGGUGGGGGGCAGAUGGUGGUGGUUUUAACACUGUAGGGACAGGAAUACAUGUUUGUGUUCCUGACCCUAUUGUGUUCCCUUAAGAUCCUAAAAGCAGAUCCUAGGUAAGUUUUUAAUUUUUUGCUUGACUGAAAUGAAAUUGAAAUUAUAUUACAUGAAAGUUUUUACUCUCGCUGUUAUUUGACAUUGGAAGGAGAGAUCUGUGGGGCAUGGAGUUUCUAUCUUCAACCACAGGGUGACACAGAGAGAAGGGAUUUAUGGGAUAUGGGGUCUAUCAAGUCCAUCAAAGAGUGAUGCAAACAGAGGGGCUAUAUGAGAUAUGAAAUUUCCUCACACUAUCUGUAGGUGAUAGUGUGACACAGCCUGGGUGUUGGGUGCAUGCUUUAUCUCAUUUAUAUCACUUUAAUUCACUUUGCGAUGCCAUCAACUUGUUGAUAAUUGUAUAAACAUUUCUUGGCUCUAGGACAUUGCCAGGCAAUUGAAACAACUUCCUCUAACCGAGAGGAAUUUAAAAAUGUUUGAUAAUGCGUCUGUGAACUGCAUUCCUUCUGAAGACAGACAGUUUGCCUGCAAGGAUUGUGAUAAAAUGUGGUGGCGUAGGGUUCCGGAGAGAAAGCAGGUUUGUGGUGAUAUUCAACCCAUACUUAUAAAUGGUAGUUGUGCUGAGAAAUAGGUUGUGCUCUGUAUGUGUUAUGCUAACUUCUUCGUUUUGUGUUCUAUGCCCCACCUCCUCUAGGCUGUAAGCUCGUUUGAGCAGGGUGCUCAUCUACCUAUUGUUCCUGUAACAUAUGUUAUUGUCUCAUAUGUUAAAUUCCCCUUUUAAUAUGAAACACUGCGGACUAAGCUGGCACUAUGUAAAUACCAAUAAUAAUAAUAAUAAUAAUAAUAACUCACAGAGAAGAAAUCAAAGCCAGAGUGUGUGUUCCAACAAUGUUUUCAUGUCAUAUUUGUAGGUUUCCAAAUGCCACAGAUGCAAGAGAAAGUUUGACCCGAUUCCUCGAGACAAGAUGUGGGGAAUAGCUGAGUUCCAGUGCAUGGCCUGUAACCGUUCAUUCAAGUAAAACUCAGACUUAAUAUUUACUAUCCAUCCCCUACUUUCAACCUUAUACUCCCUACAUUUCUACUUUUCUUUUGUCAUUGUCUUCUUUCUUCUUUAGAACUUUUUGACACAUGUGGUGGUCCUCGUCUACUACCCUUCGAUUCUGUGCAUCGUCUCUUCAAUUUUGACCAAUCUAGUAUUUUUGUGUGUGUGUGUGUGUGGAUUGGCAUUGGUGUAUAGUGUGUCUUUGUGGAUACUAGUGAUGAAUAUAGAAACAGAGUUUUAAUAAUAAUGAAAACAUAUAAACAGUGUUUUUUCAAUACAUUAUUUGUUUUGUAUUUUUGCAGCUGCAAUCAGUCGAUCUGUUUAUAUCAGAUCAUUUCUUAGAAUACACCUGUUCACAUAUGGCGCUUGUUUCAUUUUUCUGAAAAUCUUUUGAAAAGUUUUAUUCAGCACAGAAAAUAGUUAAAGUUAGUAAAAUCGGUUGAGUUAGCAAAUGUUGAACAUAUUAAAAAAGUAUCAUAGCUAAAAUGUGGUACGCUUGAAAAGCCACAAAAUGUAAUGCAUGUUAAAGGACCACUAUAGUGCCAGGAAAACAUACUCGUUUUCCUGGCACUAUAGUGCCCUGAGGGUGCCCCCACCCUCAGGGACCCCCUCCCGCCCGGCUCUGGAAGGGGAAAGGGUUAAAAACUUACCUUUUUCCAGCGCUGGGCGGGGAGCUCUCUGCCUCCGAUCCUCCUCCGUUCCUCCUCCUGGGCUGAAUGCGCGCGCAAGAGCUGCGCGCUUGCGGUCACAUAGGAAAGCAUUUACAAUGCUUUCCUAUGGACGCUAAGCUCACUGUGAUUUUCACAGUGAGAAUCACGCGCGCCUCUAGUGGCUGUCAAUGAGACAGCCACUAGAGGAUAGGGGAAGGAUUAACCCAUUUAUAAACAUAGCAGUUUCUCUGAAACUGCUAUGUUUAUAAAAAAAUGGGUUAACCCUAGAAGGACCUGGCACCCAGACCACUUCAUUAAGCUGAAGUGGUCUGGGUGCCUAGAGUGGUCCUUUAAAUUAAACAUUAUAAUGAUGGAGCAAGAGAAACCAUAACAAACAAUUGUAACGUAAGAUAUAUCAAUUAGUCUUGUUAAGCUAAUCUAAGGAUGUUCUUUCCAAAUAACUUUGCCUGCCGUGGAACAGGCCAGCACUCUUGGAUGUUAAAGGGUCACUCCACAAGGCAUAACCACUACAGACGUCUGCAUUAGAACUAGAAUGUCUUCCCUUAUCUUAGAAUUGCCCUAUACAGGGCCGUGCUCAUUGGCUAAGAGUGCUUAGCUGAUGCUUCAAAUAUACUGUAAUGUUCAAAAACUUAAUUGUUUGUGUCUUUUAAAUUUCAUGAUAUAUAUUUUUAUAUAUAUAUAUGCUGCUUUGUGUGUAUGUGUGUGUAUACUCAUGCAUAUCUCUUUAUUUAAUUAUUUGCAUGUGUUUGCUGCUCAAUUUUCUAAAAGCAUGCAUGUGUGCAGGUGUGUGCAUGUGUGUGAGAAUGUGUUUGUGCAUGCAUCUGUAUGCAUGGAUGACUGCACUCUUUAUUUGUCUAUAACCAUAUUAAUUUUUGGAAUUUUUCUGUAUUUGUGUUUCAACAUCUGUGUGCCUGUGUUUAUGAAUCUAAAAAUGCAAUAUUAUAUAUGCUGUGGAUGUUGAAUUUGUAUCAUCCGACGCCCAGGACGUGCAGAAUACCUAGCAUUUUUACAGAACGUUUUCUAUAUCUGCCCAAAUUAAAUUUUGUACUGUGUCAUGUAGCAUGAAUCUCACAAUUUUCGAUUUUUCCACUCUCUGGCAGAGGACACGCGCAGUUUGGGGUGGCCUCUCCGUGUUAUAACUGUAGCAGUGCCACCAUGCCCAGCCGUAUUCUUCCUCCACGCAGGAACACUGGUCCUCGAUCUCGCAACCAGCACAGCUGCUACGCUGUGGAUUGUUACAACCGCAAGGGUGAGAAAUGGAGGGGCUGGAAAUAGAUGGAAUCAAAUAACCAGGAGAUAGAGGACUUGAAGGGACAUAUGAUAAAAAGAAACAGGAGAACAGGAUCACCAAUUGGCAGCAUGCCAGGGUUAGGAAAGAUAACAGUGGUGGAUAAAAGGUGAGCAGACUGAUGAACCCAAAAGUGGUCCAAAGUUCUAAAAGUGAGAGAUUCACAAUGGAAAUCCAAAUUAAUCAGCUGUUGAAUUCCACCAGUGACUUUUAUACUUUUGCACAAGUUUCAAAAGGGCAGAUGGGAGGAGAACGUAUUGGCUGGGUAGACCGGGAGAGAACAGGCAUAAACUUGAAAGAAAGAUUAAUUAUGAGUGCAAAAGAGAGACAGUACGGGGGUUGGAAAGAAGAGGAGAAUGGAUAUGUAAAAAAGGUUGAAGGGACAGGAAAUUCAUAAAAGAGAUAAAGUGAAGGACUAAAAACGUCUGACAAUGAGAGUAAGAGGGAAAACAGACUGGUGGAGUAAAGAACAAAGAAAACAGGAAGUACAAAAAAAUUAGACAACUGAUGGAUAGUACAAAAUGGUUUGUAAUGGAGUGAGAUCAGAUGAAGGUGGUACUCUUGAAAGAAUGAGAUCUGUGGGUGUGGCAUCAACGGGUGGUCCACGGCCGUCACGGCAAGAAUGUAUUGCCGGUCCACGAAAGCUUUCUCUCGACUAUACUGCUACAGAGUGAGGCACACAAUUGCCGUGAAAUAUUUCCCCGGUGCUAUGAUCAUAUGAAUAAUGCUCCGAAUCUUGCAAAAAUGAACUCUAGCCUGAGCUACUGGAGUUCAUUCUUACCACUUGGACCAUCAGGGAUUGCCUUGUACUGUCCCCCCUGUGGUAAAUCGCCAAAUUAAUAUACAUAUUUAUACAUAUAUUACACAAGGUUCGUCUAUAUUAAAAGGUAUUUAUUAGAAGGCAACAACACAAUACUAUACAUUUAUCACAAACACACAGCCCAGACCCACGGAGCAACAACCCUUUUUAAUCUAUCUAUCUAUAUAGUAUCUAUAUAGUAAUCCCCUACCCCACACGUUUGAUCUCACCCACGGUUAGGCCUUCACAUCUAGUAAUGUCUCACUGCUGCAAGUUCAACAUCACAUCCACCAAGGAAGAAAAGGAAGCAACAGAGUGUAACAUGGUUCACCAUGCUAGCACACGGUGUCUUCACAUCUGCUCUGCAGCACAGCCAAGAAGGAACAGAGAGGCAUGGAGAUAGGGGGAGGUGGUUAUCGCUCUCCUGACUUGUAAAGGUAUUGAAUUACCCAAUUACCAUAUCAAAGGGUAAAGCUUGUCCCCCUGUAAGAAAGGCAUACAUGAGCUUGGUCACAUGGCCCCUGGUCACCAUAUUAGUUUGAUGACAGAAUGUCACCACACCCCCUCCCAGGAAAUGGUAAGCAGGGAGGGUGGAUAUCAAAAUAUAUAUAUUUUUAAUAAAAAAAAUAAUUAUUAAUCUACCCUCCAACCCCAUAGAUCCACAAUAAUUCUCCCCCAUACACACACACUGCCCUCCCCCCCCCCACACACACUGCAAACCCACACACAUUGCCCCCCAAACACACACUGCCCUCCCAUACACACAUUGUUCCCAUACCCACACACACACUGCCCUCCCAUACUCACACUAUACCCCUCACACACACUGCCCCCAUACACACACUGCCCUCCCAUACACACACACUACACCCGUCACACACACACUGCACCUCUCACACACAUACACUACACCCCUCACACACACACACACACACUACACCCCCCCACCCCACACACACACUGCAUCCCUCACACCUACCAUUGGUUUUUAUCUCUGGCUGACGCCAGCCCGCAAAAUAUUUCUCCUCUUUUCGUAAGGCCGCGGGUGUUAAAAGGUUGCAGAACACUGAUGUAGACAACAAUAAAUUACCAGGUAAAAUUAGAGCUGAACAAAUAAUGUUUUUCUUCACUGUUUCCAAACAGAACCUCAUGUUAUUGGCCUAUUUUGUGUUCACCCAAGGAGCCGGGCCAGGAACAAUCUCUGCAAAGUGUUGCUUGGCAGUGAACCCCAUUUCAGUACAGGGUCGACUGUGGCUACCUGCCUGAGUCAAGGAAGCCUAACACAAUGGGAUUUGGAUGAUAUCAUCAUGGAUGAUAUAAAUGAAGAUAGAGAAGAUUCGGAUAGUUAAACCAGAAAAGGACUUACUGCUUCCCCUGUAUAUACCCUUGUUGAUUUUCGGUAUAGUGAAUACCUGCAUGCAGUGGGAAAGCUUUGAGACACAAUCUUCUCUCUGGUUGUAAGUGAUUGUUUUUGUUAAGUCUAGGUGUAUGGUGCAAUAUAGAGGGACGAGUUAUCAGCAUUCUAUGUUUAAGCAUGCACCUGUAUGCAAAUCAUUGUUGUAAGUUUGUCAGAGAAUCAGCUCCUGUUGGUCACUAUGUUUCUUGUGCAUUUUAUUACCACAUGUGAUAUCAUUUUUAUUUCAUACCACAAUCAUUCAGUAUAUGGGACCAUUUUUCUAAAACACCAAAUCUAAUCAGGCCUUAUAAGUUUUUAAGAUUUCAGUACAGUUAGAGGAACCACUUUGGGUUUAUCUGUUAUUUCAUGGGAACUAAGGGAUAAACUACAGUCUGGCAGAGCAUCAUGGUAGUUGUAGUUGACUGACGUGGUGGUGCCUUUCAACAGCCCUGAUGAAAAGCUCCUCAGACCUUUACUUACAUAGGUUUCAUAACAGAGGUGUCCCAGCUGUUGUGAUUUCCCAUGAUGCUUUGCAAGCCUAUGACUUGUGUAGGAGUGCACAAUUUCUAAAAGAUUUUCUCUAAAUGAACCGAACAAUAUUCAUUUUAUAACUUUGUAUCUUUCAAUCAGGUGAUAUGCCAUUAAAAGUAAACAGUCAUUACUUUGUUUUCAAGCCUAGAUAAUGGUUUUGGCAGGACAUCACAGGCAGGACAAUGCUUACAUUAGGAAAAUGCACAUUUAGGAAUACAAAAUUAAAGAAACAUACAGUUUAAUACAAAUUUGUAACUUUGCACACAAUGUUGCUAGUGAAUACAGUGAUUUACACACAAGAUAUGUUCCUGAUUGGUUCUCUUUAACAUUUUCAUAUUGUUGAUUCAAAUUCUAACAUUGACUUUUUUCGUAGAAAUUUGAACGUAAAAAAAAAAAAAAAAGCAUUGUAGAUGCCAUGUUUGGAUUGCCAUCAUGCUUCAUUGUAAAGGAGUUUGUCAAUCUGAUUGGCUUUCGUACUCCAUAUACAAUUUUCUUGGAAACUAAAAGUUUGUCUUAAAUGGUGUUAAAUCUGUAUGUUUUUUUUAAAAUGCUUUUAUAAAUUAAAAAAAAAAAAAAAACAAACAAACAUGUUUUUGGAGCAAAAUAAAAAUAAUAAAAAAAAAAAAGUAGUGUUUGUCUUGUAUAGAUGCUGGACACAGGCAGUUAUGACUAAUAUGAGGUUUAAAAUACUACAGCACUACAUUAUGCAGCACAUUAUAUUCAUUUUCAGUGUAAAAAUAAUCGAUAUUUGUUAUCAGUGCGAAGAUACUCGCUGGCAAUACACAGUAUAGAUUGUUCAUGAUCUGUCAAUAUAAUUUCAGAUAAUUUCAUUUCAAAUAGUUUGUCCAUUAGGAUACUCAGCAUUAUUUUACAGCGCAGCAUUUAAUGAAGUUUCUUAGUAUUAUUAUAUAUAACAGAAUGUUGAAUGUAAAGUCUAUAGAAAGGUGAUUUUUUUUUUUUUUAAUAAUUAUUUAUUGGGUUUCACUAACAUGGAAACCUUUUUAAGCGAAUAUGCACCACCACGAAAUUCAGCCCAAUAAACGCCAUCUUGGAAGCGGCUGCGGUAAUGGCCACCCCUAUACCACACCCCGUUGAGGUUCGAGUGAGCACACAUAUUAUACCACCAUCCUCCCUUUUGGAAAUGAGCACAGUUACCUUGUGGGGAAAUAAACCAGAGGUUAGAUGUGAUCUCAAAAUAACACAGUAUAG